AUGAAUAACGAUCUCCAUGUCUUUGCCCGUGAUGGGCAGGUCUAUACAUCUGUCACCGCACAUUCACUUCCCAAUGUCAUUCCUUAUGAGCCUCACUGGGAUCCUCGCAAAGACCACGAUGCUUCUUCUGAUUAUAGUGAUACACUACUUAACACUUGCUGGGUGUAUGGAGCUCGUCCGUGGUUUCCCCUCAUACCUUUGAAUCCCAGCUUCAAUGGACCGAUCUUUGGAUGCCUUAACCACUCCAGGUUUUCGCUCCUGACAGAGGUAGACAAUCAGGGGAAACACAUUCUCCAUCACGACAUUCCAGAAAAAUGGGUUGAAUUAGAGCAGAAAUUACUCUUGUGCCAGGAAUGUUUGGGUGCAGGGUUGCUCAUUCCGUGGGGGACUGAACUUCCAUGCCCUCCAACUACCUAUGGGUUGCAUAACGUAUUUCUAUUAAUUGCCACCACUUGCUCAUGGCACAUCAUGAGUUGUUGCUACCACGGCUCCAAUUGCACCUGGAUGGUCAUCUUAACUGAUGAUCCCCGUUAUCCUAUACCCGCUGAAUGGGUUCUUGAGUUGACAUGCUCAUUUGUUGGAGAUCUGACAACAAAUGUGCCACAUAUGGGAGCCCUCAUUUCUUCCAUUCACUGUCCUUGGCAAGCUCAAUUGCCCAUAUUUGAGAAAUUCUUGAUCCCGAUUUGGGUCCACAUUCCUCAGAAUACUUCUGCCACUAUCAAUCCCAGUCUGUGUCAUUAUAUCCCACCUGCGGCAGCUGUCACUCGCGCAACCGAGCCAACGCAGUGGGGCCAAGACAACGCUUGGGGUCAACUGGACUCCAGUAUGUGGGGUCAACCAGAGGAGAGUCAGAAUACCUUCAAAUGGGAUGAUAGUGCCCUUGGAUGA